GAAGAAAUUUUAAAAAUUGGCCACACCGAUGAAGCAAUAUCCGCUUUAUGCUUUUCUCUUUUCCGGUAGCCAUAUUUACUGGAUCAUUCACGUUCUUAAACUCUUCUGUUAUCAAUUGGUUAUAAUUCGAAGUUCGAGUUCUAAUAAUUCACAAUGAGUUACGGAAGACCCCCGCCGCGUAUCGACGGCAUGGUGUCCCUCAAAGUGGAUAAUCUUACAUACCGUACCACACCUGAAGAUUUGCGUCGAGUAUUUGAAAGAUGUGGCGACGUUGGAGAUAUUUAUAUUCCCAGAGAUCGUUAUACAAGGGAAAGCAGAGGAUUCGCUUUUGUCCGAUUCUAUGACCGAAGAGACGCAGAGGAAGCUUUAGAGUCAUUAGAUGGACGUAUGUUGGACGGUAGGGAGCUUCGUGUACAGAUGGCCCGGUAUGGGCGCCCCUCAUCGCCGUACAGAAGCCGCUACGACCGACGCCGCAGCCACUCGCGUUCACGGUCUCGUUCACGUCGUCGAUCCAGGUCCCGUUCGCGGUCCAGGCGGCGCUCGUACACGCGCAGCCGGUCCCGCUCGCGUUCUCGCUCUCGCUCCGACUCGAAGAGCUCACGCGGCCGCUCGCGCAGCCACAGCCGCUCCAGGUCACGCUCUAGGCACUGAAGUGUUGAGUUGAGGGUACCAGUUGUGAGCUGAAGUGUUGUGCCACAUGACUCGGCAGCCUUUGGCCAGGUACUAUGCUCCUCUACUCACUAGCCAUCUUCAGACCUAUGACUAGCCACUAUGAACACUAUAGUGGUUAUAUCAUUCAUGAUAACAAAUAUUAUUUUAAGUUUCUUAAAUUUAGAUAAACUAUGUAAGAAUUGUAUGUUUAUAAUUUUGUUCGUUCAUUCAAAAAUAUUUCAUAUUGAUACAAAAGUGUAAUGUAGUUGAGAGUUUGUAAAAGAAAACAUCUAUUUAGUCCAUUUUUCUCUGAUAUUAAUUUUAGUUAUAUUUUCUUUUUAUAUUUUAGUUAUUGUAUAAACGCUACAUAACAAUCUGAGUCAUUUUAAAUUAACUAUUACUUUAACAUUGUAAUGAAUUAUCACAGUUUUAUGUAUAUGAUUAAUCAACAUGAACAAAUUGUAUGACCUUUAAUGGUCGUUAGAUAUUAUUUCAGGUUAAAAUUAAACAAUUGUUGUGAAGAUCAUGUACAACCCAAGGGCAUAUUGAGCUAAAUUUGGCAAUUUUAUGGCACCCCCUCGUCUGUGGUAACAAACUUCUUAAGAAUGAAGUUAUUACUUUUCUUUAUUAUAUUGUUGUUCAAUUGUCAGUUUAUUCAAUGUAGUAGGUCUUAUAUUUUUGUAACCUUAAUAUACGUCUGAUACGUCAGAAGUAAACCUGUCUAAAAUUAUUCAUUUUCAAAAAUGAUUAUAAUAAAAUAUAAAAGUGAAGGGCAUUAAUUUAGAAUUGUUUCAAUACAACAACUGUAAUUCAUUAAUGGCAAUGUUGGUAUGCUCAGGCUGUGGAGUAUGCGGGGAGCGGUGCGGUUUGCGGGGGGGAGGGGUUUGCUGUUUGCUGACAACUGCUGAAUUGCUGUUGUUGCCGUUCAUAAGUUAUGAGUAAACUUUUAUAUUUAUACAAACGAGACACGCAUAACUUACGUUUAUAGUAUAAAGGCUCCUCGCCAAAUCUUCGUGAUGACUGUAGCAAAUGAACAAAUUCAAAUUAAAGCAAUUCUCUAUUUUAUUGGGGAAAUAUUGCGAUAGAAUAUUUGACUACUAUUGAAAAAAUCCAUUUGACCCAUUAUCACUUGUACAAUUAUGUUAUGUAAUAUAAAUAUAUAUCAAACUAGCUGACCCCGUAAAUGUUGUUUUACCACUUAUUGCUAAAUAUAAAAGUCGUGAUUAAAAUACAGGGGUUGAUCGUAAAACGAUGAAAAUUUAAAGUAGUAUGUAUUUUUCAAUGCUAAAUUAUAAUAUAAUAAAAAUACAAAAAUUUGUCAAAAAAAUAAAAAAUAAAUUUUUGGGGUGGGUCACCCUUAUCACUUACGGGUAUGAAAAAUAGAUGUUAGCCGAUUCUCAGACCUACCCAAUAUGCACACAAAAUUUCAUAAAAAUCGGUAAAGCCGUUUCGGAAGAUUUUGGUAACAAACACCGUGACACGAGAAUUUUAUAUAUAAGAUUUAAAAUUAAAUGUUUUGGUAUUAUCCGUAUAAAAAGAAAAUAGUGAUCGAAUAAAAAAACCUAUAUGCGGUCACGUAAUACGUGUUACGUCGUACAAAAAUUAACUUUCAAAUACUUUCUUAGAAACCUUAAUAGUACUAUAGAAAAUAUAGUAUAGAACUAUCAGUGAAAUAUUUAUUCAAUACUUCGUUCCAUCUUACGAGACACAGGAGUGAGGCACCUAACAUUUCCUAUGGUUCUAUAAAAUAUGUUCAAACCAUAGAAAUCAGUUCCAAAAUAACUGGAAACAUAAUUUUUACACUAUAUUUCGUAAAAAUGAACAGACUAAUAAUAUUUUCAAUAUAGUCAAAUAACCUAUGCAAUAUUUCUUUCCUCUUUUCUAUUAUAUACCGAUUCUUACUAUCAGCUCAUUUAUUGUAAUACUUUUUGGUAUAUUUAAAAAAAAAUUGUCAGGUCGUGAGCGGCAAAAGUUAAUAGGGUUUUGCAAUUCACUGAAUCGUAUAAUGAACAGAGUAGAUAAUACAAAACAUUGACGUAGGUACAGCCGAUCGAUAGACACACAGACAUCAAACUAAUACAUGCGUUUGUUUGGCAGGCCGGUGCUGCUCGCUGGCCUGUUUGCUGUGGCAGUUUCCUGUGCUGAUUGCUGUGAUUUGCAGAUACACUUUAUACUUGUCACGAUUGACAAAAACACCUCUCCUGCCCUUCGACCGAUUAAAUUUUUAAAGUACAUACCUACUUACACGUUUUCAGCGUAGUAUUAAUUUUUGCAGUUUAUAUUUACGUUUAUAUAUUUCAAAGGAAAGGUUUCAAUAGGUUUUUCGCGGUAAACCUUUCCUUUGAAAGUAGCAGUCAAGAAAGAAGCGUCACCAGAUGUGGGACACCUGGCACCGAACUGUGUGUAGGUUUUAUCUUAAUAAAUAAACAAUAGUAUUAAAAUAAA